GGGCAGAUUCCUGCAAAUAUAAAAGCACCUGCUUGCCUUCCCGUUCCCUGCUUGCCUCGUCUUCAGAACCCCACUCUGACUUAUUGACGCAACUGCACUGUCUUGGAAAUCCUUCUCCCACAGCAAUCAUUAAUCGAAAAACGAUAUAGCCAGCACCCCAUAACAACUACCACCAUGGAUAUCGUAAACGCAGCAAUGGGAGGAGCAGCCUCCAACCUUCACCAGGCAGCGAACACCGUCCACGCCUCCACUCCCGCACAUGGCGGAGGCACACCACUCAUGGCAUUGGCAUCGUAUAUGAUGUACUCGGAAGCCGCCCUUAUCCUCCUUCUCAGCGUGCCAAUCUACAUUCCAUACAGGAGACAACUGAUGGAGUGGCUUCAUUACUCACCAAGCCUCUGGACAUUCCGAGUGAUCAUCGUUUGCAUUCACGCCUUUGUUGGAAUCCUCUUGGCAGACACCUACCUGCGUCUCAACCGCAUUAGCCUGCAAAUCGAGGGCAUCCAAGCCGCCCACGCCCAGGUCAUGACUGGCGGCGCGGCCAUCCCCGGCGCCACCCCCGGUUACCCUUCAGCCGCGACGAUGGCCCCACCGAUCGACGCUUCCGGCAACGUCUCCAACCUCAACGACCUGUUCUCGGCCAAAUUCCGCGGCCAGCGCGACUUUUACGUCCUCGCAUUUACCCUAUUCUGCUCAGCGGUCCUGCUGAACCUCCACAUGGUCCUCAUCAAGAUGGACAAGUUCCGCGCGCAGAGGAACGACCUGAAGCAAAAACUCAACGCCCUUCGCUCGUUUCCCGCCAGCUCGGCCAACCUGAUCGACGACGGCGCCCCCGCUCCUUCCGUGACUGAGACCGCCGCUAACCAGGCCAACAAGGUCGCGACGGGCAUCACCAGCACCGUCAAGAACGCCACCAACAUCGUCGCUGAUAAGAUGGACAGCUUGCUGCACCACCGCGCAUCGCAGCCUGAGAUUGCGCUCGGAACCGCACCGGUCGCGCAAAACAUCGAUGCUGUCGCCGCGCCGGCAGAGUCCGUCGUGCAGCGCACUACCUACGUUGUUCCCCAGGAGCUGUAAGCUUCAUCAACCUCACUUCGCGGCGCAUUUGGGAGAUGUUGGGCAUCUAUAUACCUCCACGCGUGAUAGGCGAAUAGAGCGGGAUUGAAGCUUCAGUACCCAGUCUCUAGCAUAUCUUUGAGGACUGUCGUAUUCUUUCAAAACCGCGCUGGCUGUCAUCUCUGCUGUUUUUGGGUUGAUCGUCAACUCGGAAUCCUGUUUUUGCUUUUCUUGUAUAAUAAAAUUUGAUUCUUGGGCAUGAUACCUCAAUCUUGGAGCUUCCCGUCUUCAGUCGUGUCCCAAAUGAAAUUUGAUGGCGUGGUGAAGCAACCAUUCAUAGCGAUACGGAGUCUUCGAAGCUGAGGCUCAGGAGAAGAGCGGAAUGAUAAAUAAGAC